CUAAGGGUGGACUUGACUGGGAACGAAACACAAAAAGUUUUUGACCAGGUUUUGACAGAUUUGGCUCGUUCAGCACCUCCAAUUCCAGGAUUUCGAAGACAAAAGGGAGGAAUUCUAAUCCUAUUACGUUUUUUAUAUGCACGGAUGCUACUCCAGGAAAAACUUCAAAGGUUCCAAAGAGCUUUUUGUUACAGGUCCUUGGCGAAGAGCGCGUCACAAAAUUUGUCAUACAAGAAAUAGUUAGUUCGACUAUGGCUGAUUAUGUGAAGAAGGAAAACCUGAAUGUGAAGGACAAAAAGAUUAACACAGUCCAAACAGCCGAAGAACUCAAAUUGUUGUUUGCUCCUGGAAAUGAAUUUGGAUUCAAUGCCACAUUGGAGAUUGAAAAUUUUGAAUCUGAAACUACCAGUUCAUGAUCAUCUGAAAUGUAAAGAAAUCAUAUUCUUCUACAGGAGCUUUGUUGUUGUUAUAUCUUUAUUUUCAUUUUUUUGGUAAUAUUGGCAAUCAAUUUUCCAGUGUAAAAAAUGAGGAUUGAGUAUGUCGUAACAUUAUAUAUUACUUUUUUUACCCUCAAAUUAAUACCUUUUUUAUAUUGAAUUUAA